AUGAAUAUUCAUAUUAAUCGAAUUAAUAAUGGUGUGCAUUUGAGUGGUACCGUUAACUGGUUGGCUCUUCCCAAUUACAUUAAACCAGCUUAUGAAUAUGGUUGGAAGUCUAUUGCUAAUGCUCAACAAUUUGUUAUUGUUUCACUUGAUCUUUCGAUGGAGACAUACACACAGAUUUUGCUACCUCGUGGUUUUGACGAAGUGCCACGUUUUCAGCAAACACCUAGUGUUCUUAUGGACUUUCUUUGCUUUUCGCAUGAUUUCAAGGGAACCGAAUUUGUUAUAUGGAAAAUGAAGAAGUUUGGAGUACAAGAGUCUUGGACUCAAUUGUUUAGAAUUGAGUACUUGAAAAUCUAUCAUGACUUGAAUUUCUACAAAGGCAGUGAAUUUGGUACUCCAUUGUUGCCAUUACACCUUUCUAAGAAUGGAGAUACAUUGAUAUUGGAAAAUUGUGAAGAUGAUCGAGCAAUUAUCUAUAAUCAGAGAGAUAAAGGAGUAGAGAGAAUUAGAAUUUCUAACAAAUUGUGUUGGUUUUCUACCAUGGAUUACGUUGAAAGCUUGGUUUCAACUCGUUGGAUAUCUGCAACCUCGACUCCAAGCACACCCUCUAUGCAUGGAAGUACGAUCGGAAAGUCUGUCGAAUUCCUAACAAACGAAGAGGAUGAACUAAGAGACAGUGAUUCUAAUGAUGAAGUCGAACUAAGUGACAAUGAUUUCGGAGAUGAUGGAUGAGUUAUUUUGUUAGAAUUGUUGGAACAUACAAAUCAAAUUAAGGUUUCUUUAAUGGGGAAAAUGAUCAAUUGAAGAAGAUGAAGAUUAAAGAAUGAAGAGAAAUAAUAGAGAGAGAGAGUAAUUGAGGGUGAGAUAGUGAAUUGGCAUUAACCACAAUGUAGGAGUAGUGAGUUCCUUAUAUAGUACAAGUUACAAAAAUGAUUGGAAUGAUUUAAAACACCCUAAAACAAACAGAAAAAACAGUUGGGCUUCAGUGUAACCGGUUACGGCAAACAGCGUAACCGGUUACGCAAACGCAACAUCUACAGUAAAUCUGUUUUACGGGUUCGUAACCGGUUACGGUAACAGGCGUAACCGGUUACGCCAACUGAAGUGCUAAAAACAGCAGUUUCAACACACCACCUCACUUCAGUUGGUCCAAGUCCACCAUGCUCAGCUUCCUUCUCAGCCUCUUGAACACCUCAUUGGUCACACCCUUGGUCAAUAUGUCAGCUACUUGAUCUUCGCUUCGACAAUACCCCAAUCGUAACUUUCCAUCGCUCAAUAACUCCCUUAAGUAAUGAAACCGCAUCUCU